AUGUCAGUCCAUCCCGUCAAAGGUGGCAUCUGCUCUAGUGACCAGCAGCUGGACUGUGCCUUGGACUUAAUGAGACGCCUGCCUCCGCAGCAAAUCGAGAAGAACCUCAGUGACCUGAUCGACCUGGUCCCCAGCCUGUGUGAAGAUCUCCUGUCUUCUGUGGACCAGCCACUGAAGAUCGCCAGAGACAAAGUGGUGGGGAAGGAUUACCUUUUGUGUGACUACAACAGAGAUGGGGACUCCUAUAGGUCACCGUGGAGUAACAAGUACGACCCUCCACUGGAAGAUGGGGCCAUGCCAUCUGCUCGGCUGAGAAAGCUGGAGGUGGAAGCCAACAACGCCUUCGACCAGUAUCGAGACCUGUAUUUUGAAGGUGGCGUCUCAUCUGUUUACCUCUGGGAUCUGGAUCAUGGCUUUGCGGGAGUGAUCCUCAUAAAGAAGGCUGGAGACGGAUCAAAGAAGAUCAAAGGCUGCUGGGAUUCCAUCCACGUGGUGGAAGUGCAGGAGAAGUCCAGUGGCCGUACCGCCCAUUACAAGUUGACCUCCACAGUGAUGCUCUGGUUGCAAACCAACAAGUCUGGCUCCGGCACCAUGAACCUUGGAGGCAGCCUUACCAGACAGAUGGAGAAAGACGAAACUGUGAGCGACUGUUCGCCACACAUAGCCAACAUCGGGCGCCUGGUGGAGGACAUGGAAAACAAAAUCAGAAGUACGCUGAACGAGAUCUACUUCGGGAAAACCAAGGACAUUGUCAAUGGGCUGAGGUCUGUGCAGACUUUUGCAGACAAAUCAAAACAAGAAGCCCUUAAGAACGACCUGGUGGAGGCUUUGAAGAGGAAGCAACAAUGUUGAACCCGCUCGCGCUAACCGGACAUGCCACGCCCUCCUUAGAUCCCUUCUUAGAACACUCGUUUUCUGCUCCCCUGGCCCCUGCCCGCCCCACCCCCACAGGUCACGUAACAACUUGCACCACAGGCCGCACUCCCGCGCCGCCUCGCGACAAUAAAGCCGCUCCACACCCUUCUCGUCUCAGGCCGACUCCUAUCACAUGUUGCUAUCGAAAUGUUUCCAUAGAGAACGUGUGUCUUCCUUCGGCCCCCACCCCCUGCCUCCCCUCUUCCGUCAAUCAGCAUAAAUACACUGUCCGUCUGCCCCCUCCCCACCCACCUUUUUUGUUACAUUGGUGUAAAAAUGUAAAACAAAAUUUUAUGAAACAACUGUGGUGUGUGAAAGACAGAAGAAAAACUGGAAAUCGGAGUCCACGCGUGUUUGGGUGGCGGGGGCGGGGACCGCGGCGGGAGAAGGCGGAGCCGCCGGGAGCCCUGCAGACGCCCCGCCCACGAGCCGGCGGGGGGCGGGGCCGGCGGCGCUUCUGGCCAGGUGCUGUUCUGUCAAUUUUUAUGGAAUGCAGAGGUUUUUUUUGUUUUAUUUUGGUCUUUUUUGUAAAGCUUAAACAAAAAUCUACAUCUUAUACUUGAGCCUCCAUACUUAAAAAAAGAGAAAAAAACAAAAAAAAUAAAUAAAAGAAGCUGGGACGCAGUC